AUGUCUCAUUCGAAAACAAGCCAGGGUGAUGGUUCCAAUAAUGCUGGGAAGCGAAACCUUCCUUCAUGGAUGAGUUCAAGAGACAAUGAGAGUGAGUCUGUUGGAAAGAAACCAACUCGGGCUGGUGAAUGUGAGGAGAGUGACGAGGGUGCAAAGCCCAGGCUAGCCAAAGGGCGUGGAGGUGCAUCCAGUUCGGGAACCACAAAAUUUUCCAAACUUAUGGAAGGAGUAGUGUUUGUACUGUCUGGGUUUGUUAAUCCUGAGCGCAGCAUUCUGCGGUCACAGGCCUUGGAAAUGGGAGCAGAAUAUCAGCCUGACUGGAACUCAGAUUGCAGUCUCUUGGUUUGUGCAUUUCCAAACACCCCAAAGUUUCGACAAGUUGAGGCAGAUUGUGGAACUAUAGUUUCAAAGGAUUGGAUAUCAGAGUGUUACACACAGAAGAAGCUUGUUGAUAUUGAAAGUUACCUUAUGAAUGCUGGAAAACCCUGGCGUAAAAGCAGUGUUUCCCAUGACAACAGCCAAGACAAAAAGGCAUCCCAACCUAGAAAAUCGAAGAAGCAAGAUGGAGAUUCACCAUCAAAACCAACUGCAUCAUCAAAUCCAAAGAUUAAAGCUUCUAAUUCUGUUAAGGAGUGCUUUUCUCCUUCUAAAGUGAAGAAGUGGGCAGUUGACGAUUUGAAUAAGACAAUUUCAUGGCUAGAGAGUCAAGAAGAAAAGCCAGAGCCAGAUGAGAUAAACCAAAUAGCAGCUGAAGGGAUUUUAACUUGUUUACAAGAUGCAAUAGAUUCUCUUGAACAAAAGCAGGAUAUCCGGCAAAUAACUGAGCAGUGGAAUUUCAUUCCUCGUGUAGUCGAAGAGUUGGCAAAGCUCGAGGGCACGAGAAAUGAGUCUGCAGCAGUAUCCAAGGAAGAUCUUUGCAGACAGGUAAUGGAGUGUAAACGAAUUUACGAGGUGGAACUUAAGAAUUUAGGUGAUGACCCGUCAAAGAAGAAGAAGCCAAAGACUGAAAGACAAGAGAGGGACAGUGGGAGAACUGAAGCCAUAUCCAGUGGUACAGCAGGAUACGACAGUGAUGAAACAAUUGAGAUGACAGAAGAGGAAAUAGACCUUGCAUAUAAGAAUGUUGUUGCUUCUAAGAUCCCCAAAUGCUGA